GUUUGGGCCGGUACUCUAUUGUAGCCUCUCAGGAUCCUGUUUGAUGCUGAUUCUGUCAUCCACUGUGGUAGUCAUCCUUCCCAGCCUUGUUUCAUCUUCAGAUCUGACAAUCAAAAUAAAUUCUUCAUUGGCUAUAUCCAGAAAGAAUUUGUCUCAUUCUACAUUGAGCCCUUCACCUCUCCAUCAGGAGGUCAAAAUGUCCAAGCAGGUUCAGGCUCGAAGACUGGAAGGCAUUGACAAGAACCCUUGGGUGGAGUUUGUGAAGUUGGCCAACGAGAAUGAGGCUGUGAACUUGGGCCAGGGCUUCCCUGAUUUUGCACCUCCAGAGUUCUCCACGGAAGCAUUCAAACAGGCUGUCAGCGGAGACUUCAUGCUCAAUCAGUACACACGUGGUUUUGGCUACCCUCCCCUGGUAAAGAUCCUGGCUCAAUUCUUUGGGAAACUUCUGGAACAAGACUUGGAUCCCCUAAAGAAUGUACUGGUGACAGUGGGUGCCUAUGGGGCCCUCUUUUAUUCUUUCCAGGCCCUAGUGGAUGAAGGAGAUGAGGUCAUUCUCAUUGAACCCUAUUUUGACUGCUACGAGCCCAUGACAAAGAUGGCUGGUGGCUGUCCUGUGUUUGUGCCACUACGACCGCCACCAGCCCAUGACGGCCGGUUGAUGUCCAGUGGUGACUGGCAGUUAGAUCCAGCUGAGCUGGCCAGCAAGUUCACUCCCCGGACCAAAGCUAUUGUCAUCAAUUCACCCAACAACCCUUUGGGCAAGGUGUACAGCAGAGCAGAACUGGAAUUAAUAGCAAAUCUGUGCAAAAAACACGAUGUCCUGUGUUUCAGUGAUGAGGUUUACCAGUGGCUGGUGUAUGAUGAAGAGAAACACAUCAGCAUAGCCAGUCUUCCAGGAAUGUGGGAACGCACACUGACUAUUGGCAGUGCAGGAAAAACUUUUAGUGUCACUGGUUGGAAGGUGGGCUGGGUUCUGGGCCCAGAUUAUCUUCUGAAGCAUCUUCGGACUGUCCAUCAGAAUUGCUUGUAUCACUGCCCCACACAGCUCCAGGAAGCUGUAUCUUCUAGUUUUGAGCGGGAGCUUCGGUUCUUUGGCCAGCCUGAGAGCUACUUUGUCCAGCUGCAUAAGGAUAUUCAGAAAAAGCGGGAUCACAUGGUGAACAGCUUGCUGACCAUUGGCAUGACCCCCGUCGUCCCUCAGGGCACCUACUUCCUCAUUGCAGACAUCUCCACCUUCAAGAAAAAGAUGCCCCACCUCCCUGGCUCAGAGGGAGAGGCCUAUGACUCUCGAUUUAUCAAGUGGAUGAUCAAGAACAAGGGCUUGGCAGCCAUUCCGGUUUCAGUGUUCUACAGCUCACAGCAGAAGCAGCAUCUUGACCACUACAUCCGGUUCUGCUUUAUAAAGAAUGACUCCACUUUCAAGGCCAUGGAUGACAAGCUACAGCAGUGGAAAAAAGAGCUAGAGGCCUGAUUUCUGCACCAGGAUCUCCCCCAUUCCUCUUCCAGCUCACUUUACUUGAUUGGACCCUUCCCUCUCUCCCCACCCUCCUUUGUGCUUCAGGCAUUCCCAGAUUUGGUGGAGGGAGAAGGGAAAAUCCUUAACUAGGGCUCAAGUCAGAGAGGGAAGGGAUGAAAAAAGAACACAGCCACCCCAUCUUUCUCCAUUGCCCCACCUACUGAACCUCAGUGAAAGUCUGCUCUCCCUUUGAUUGUGGGAUUUGGGGACCCAGGAACCCUCACCUACCCAGCACCCACAUUCCCAUCCCUGCGAGAGAAAACAUUCAGCUUGGUUAGCAUCAGGGUGUUUUCCCUCUGCCAGGGCUCUCCCUAGAAAGUCCUUCCCUCCUUUAUCACUUCCUCUUCUCCCUGCUGAGUCAUAAAGUGGGAUUUCCCUCCUCGCUCUGAAGACCUGAAUCAGCCACCCCAACUGACACAUGGAUGCCAGCCAGGCCAGAAGUCACCUGAGGUUUACAAGGAUACCUGACAUCUUGCUUUCAUCCCUCCAUGGUCUCACAUUGCUAUAAUUUAUCUUGGUUCUUCCUCUCCUACUCUUAUUUUUAAGG